AUUCGGCCCGCACAAACGUUUAGAAGACUGAGAGUAUAUAAAACAUCAUCCCGCCUACUUUUUGAGUCGUUUUUACCCACAUCUAUCCACCGUGUUCAGUGCCCAAUUAUACAAUUCUAUACAAACGAACAAUUCAAGAUGUCUAAGGGUCGUGUCUGCCUUGAUACCUCAACCAUCCUAGUAUGGCUGAUUUCUGAGGGCUACACCGUCGUCUGCUUUUUAGCGGAUGUUGGCCAGGAAGAAGACUGGGCUGCCGUCGAGAAGAAGGCUCUAAGCUUGGGUGCUGAGCGCAUGAUAAUCGACAAUCUCCAAGAGGAAUUCGUGGAGAAGGUCAUCCACAGAGCAAUCCAAUGCAAUGCCAUCUAUGAGGAUCGAUACCUCUUGGGUACUUCUCUAGCUCGCCCAAUCAUUGCGAAAGCCCAGGUUAAGGCAGCCAUUGAGCACAACUGCGACUUUGUUUCGCACGGAUGCACUCAUAGCAACGAUCAAGUUCGCUUCGAGCUAGCCUUCGCGGCCUUGAGGCCCUCUCUGAAGGUCAUCGCCCCUUGGCGGCUACCAGAAUUCUGCGCAAAAUUCCCUGAGAAGAAGAUCCCUGUCAGCUCGACCCCGAAGACGCCCUGGUCCAUGGACGACAACCUAGUACAUUGCUCAUACGAAGCUGGUAUCCUCGAAGAUCCCGACCACACCCCUCCUAAGGAGCUAUGGACCCGAACCGUGGAUCCGCUUGAUGCCCCCAACGAGCCAACUGACUUCUCUAUUCACUUCGAAGCGGGUAUCCCGGUCAAGGUCACCGUUGCAGGCCAGGAGACUACCGGCAGUGUGGCUGUAUUCAAACUCUUGAACAAGAUAGGCCACGACAAUGGUGUAGGCCGAAUCGACAUUGUUGAGAACCGCUUCAUCGGACUCAAGAGCCGUGGUUGCUACGAUACACCAGGACUCACUAUUGCGCGACUUGCGCAUCUUGAUCUUGAAGGUUUGGUCCUCGACGGCCGAGUUCGCGAAUUGCGUGACCAGUUCGUGACGCACUCGUGGAGCCGCAUUCUCUACAACGGUCUCUACUUCAGCCCCGAGAGGGAAUUCCUUGACAAUUCUAUCCUCUUCUCAUCCCAAAACACAACCGGUAUUGUGCGAUUGAGAGCGUACAAAGGACAUGUAUACGUGCUUGGCCGCUCCAGCAGCGUCAGCAACCUUUACUCUGAAGAGGCUGCAUCUAUGGACUCUCUAGAGGGCUUUUCGCCCCAAGACACAACCGGCUUUAUUGCUAUCCAAGCUAUCCGCCUCAAGAAGUACGGCGAGCAGCGCGAUAAGGAAGGCAACUCCCUAACUCAGUCUUAGGUUAGAUAGCGGGUUGCUUUAGCUUGACAGCUAGCGAUACUAGCGUCUACUUCAAAAGAUGCAGAUAAGCUACUAUUACUAGAUAGUGUCUAUAGUGCGCGCAUGUCUAAUCUCAGACAUUUGAUGAAUUGAAAAUAAAUAAAAUCCAUAUCCAAUG